UCAUUUCUAUAUAGCUACUGCCGGGAAUAAUCCUAUCAAACCAACUUCGUCGUCCUGCCGCUUCCUGAGGCACCCUUCCAAACUGAUUUACAAAAUCUCGCGAACCCGCCAUGGCUGAAGUCAUUAAAUCUGAAGCCGUCUUUGUCGAAGACGCAGAGGCACGAUCCAACAACAUGCCCGCGAGUAAGGAAGACGUCGAAGUGCAGACUCGUUUCACGCCUGAAGAGAUCAAGCGCAUCCUCCGUCGCGUCGACUACCGCGUCGUGCCCAUCCUGGGGCUCAUGCUAGGCGUUGCACUCAUGGACCGCAGCAAUGUUGCCAACGCCGCCAUCGCCGGUAUGCGCGAUGAUUUGGAUCUCAAGGUCGGAUAUCGCUACGCUUUGAUGACUUCCUGCUUCUUCAUCACCUACGUGCUCUGUCAGGCUCCCAUGACCUGGCUUACCAGAGCCGCCGGACCAAGGAUUGUCAUCCCAGGUGUAGUAUUCGCCUGGGGUGUUCUCAUUAUUGGGUUUGGUUUUGCGACCACCUGGACGACGCUUGUGGGGUUGAGAUUGAUACUGGGGAUAUUGGAGGCUGGCUUCUUCGGUGGUGGCGUUUACCUUCUGCAGACUUGGUUUAAGAGGAAUGAGCUCUCAAUGCGCUUCUCGAUAUACUACUUCAUCGGUGCUGUUGUUUCGUCCUUCUCCGGUAUCCUGGCGUACGCCUUCAUGCAGAUGGAUGGACUCAGUGGUGUGAAGGGGUGGGAAUGGAUCUUCAUUUUGGAAGGAAUUGUCACAAUCAUAAUCGCAGUCAUAGGCUACUAUUGCCUUCCCAAAUUCCCCGACCAAGAGAUUCGAAAGCCAUCGUUCCUCUUCCUCAAACAGGAUGAGUGCCAAUUCGUCGUUGACCGCCUCGCUGCUGAUCGAGACGAUUACCAAGCGGAGAAGUUCUCGUGGAGACUUUACUUCGCGGCGGCCCGUCGGCCUGAAAUUUGGGCUUUCGGCAUCAGCCAAUUUUGCACUUGCACUGCUUCAUAUGCCUACAUCUUCUAUCUCCCAAUCAUUCUUCGCGACACCCUCAAGUUCAGUCUAGCCGCCUCUCAAUGCCUGAUUGCUCCCCCAUACGCAGCUGCUGGUAUCCUCAUGAUGGGAUGCGCAUGGUACGCUGAUAAAUACCGCACCAGGGCCCCGGUCCUCAUCUUUAAUUGCUGCAUCGCAAUGAUAGGGCUUCCGAUGGUCGGCUUUGCGGCUAACCCAUGGGUUCGGUACGCUGGUGUCUUCCUUGCAGUUGCGGCUAUCAAUUCCAACAUUCCUCUGAUUAUUGCUUAUCAGGCGACCAAUAUCAGAGGGCAGUGGCAGCGCGCAUUCUGCUCAGCGAUCAUGACGGGCCUGGGAGCUAUUGGUGGUAUUUCCGGCAGCCUCGUGUAUCGGACACAGGACGCUCCGGAAUACGUUCCAGGAACGGUGGCAGUCAUCGUUUGCAUUGGUGCCGUCAUGGUAAUCUGCACUGGUCUGCUUUUCUACCUCAAGAGGUGCAACAAGCAAGCCGACGCGGGCAAGCGCAUCAUCCAUGGACUUCCGGAGUUCAGGUACACUCCCUAGAUGCUGUCCGGUGGUAGUUCGAACGAGCGGGGAUUUUGUUGAUCGGACCUCUCACAGCCUCACAUUGUUGCCGAAUAUCAUGGAUGGGCGGUUCUCGGAAAAUAGAAACUGGUUUCGAAGUUUCUACCCUUGCAUCCGUUCGAACGGAAAACUGCAUCCUACGCUAAAUUAGACCGCUCGGUGGCGUGCGGG